GCUCGAUAGAGUUAAAGCUCUGGCCGAUUUUGAUUGGAUUAGCAGAGAGCUUAGCGAGUGAAUAAGAGAAAGGGAGAUGAGAGAUGGGUGGAGAGAGAGACGGCGGACACAGAGAAAAAGAGCGCAGCGCAACAGCCAGCAACCGAUUAACGCCCUCUGCCCGGAAGAGAAAACAGGAACCAGGUCAAAUCGAUACAAAAAGGAGAUUUUUUUUUCCAUUUCUCCGCUCGGAAUAUAAGCAGUUGUGAAUUAGAUGGGGUGAGUGACGUCUGAAUUCCGGCUAAGAGAGAACGCGGGUUAGGAAAGCUAAAUGGAUACUAUACGGACUCCGUCUGGUGAGGGCAGCGACGUUGUGAUUGUACCGGAGAAUCUGAUAAGUGCUUUCCGCGUGCGGUGAGGGGGAGUCGGUCGGACACAUUGUGGGGAGCAGGAAGAAAUGGAGAACCGCGUUUCUGCGACGCCUCUCCGCCCUCUGUCCGCCAAAACGAUGAGGACGGUCCUAGCAUUUGGUUGUCUCUUCUUUGUCACCAGAGGAGAAGACCCACAGACGCCAACAGCGGGCAUGUCCAUAGCUAACCAAAACAGUAACGUAACGGCCGGCGGCGACAGUAGAUACAUACACAUCGGCGAUGGGACGGCGCAGGAAUUUGAAUUUCCCGAAAACACCAAGGGAGUGAUUGUAAUUUGGAGCCAGUAUCGGAGCGCAGCUGGCUGGAGGGGCCGGGAGAGCUCGAGUCAGACGGUGAAUGUGCACUCUCUAAACCCGGAGGUUCUGGCCAUCCUGAACGUGAGCGACAGCGGGCGUGAGGGGCCGGUGAGGAGCUACGUGGUCGGCAUCAGGUCGGGCGUGGCCGGGCAAGCGCUGUUGCGAAUCCAGCUAAUGGACCUGGACCAGGACUCCCGGUCGGUCCUGGUGGAGGAGCGGUCCGAUUACUCCAUCAGGGUGUCCCCCGAGAGCGACGACCCGUCCGGCGAGCAUUUCCAGUCGGGCGGGCUGUCCCACUUCUCGGAGAACCCGCUCCUCUUCGCACUGCUGCCCCUCAUCUUCAUAAACAAGUGUGCCUUUGGCUGCAAGGUGGAGGUGGAGGUGCUGCGGUCCCUGGGCCGCAGCCCGGUGCCCCUGCUCCUGGGCGUGGCCAGCCAGUUCCUGGUCAUGCCCGUGUAUGCCUACUGCCUGUCCUGGUUGGCAUCUCUGCCCAAAGCUCAGGCCCUGGGGCUGGUCAUCACCUGCUCCGCCCCCGGGGGCGGGGGCGGCUACCUGUACAGCCUGCUGCUGGGCGGCGACGUCACGCUGGCCAUCUCCAUGACGCUGGUCUCCACGGUGGCGGCGGCGGCCAUGAUGCCCCUGUCCUCGGCCCUGUACGGGUGGCUGCUGGGCGUGCACGCCACGCUGCACGUGCCCUUCGUCAAGAUCCUGGGCACCCUCCUCUUCAUCGCCAUCCCCAUCUCGCUGGGCGUGGCGGUGAAGCUGCGGCUGCCGGGGCUGAGCCGCGCCCUGCUGGCGCUGAUCCGCCCCUUCAGCUUCCUGCUGAUCGUGGGCGGGGUCUUCAUGGCGUACCGCAUGGGCGCGUCCAUCCUGGCGCGGGUGCGGCCGCGCAUCGUGGUGGCGGGCGUGACCGUGCCGGUGUUCGGGCUGCUGCUGGGCUACGCGGCGGCGCGGGGGGCGGGGCUGGACUCGCCGCGGCGCCGGACGGUGGCCAUCGAGGUGGGCGUGCAGAACAGCCUCCUGGCGCUGGCCGUCAUGCAGCUGUCCUUCCGGAGGUCCGAGGCGGACUUCGCCUCGCAGGCGCCCUUCAUCGUGGCGCUCAGCAGCACCUCCGAGAUGCUCCUCCUCGUCCUCGCCCACCUGGCCCACCGCUGGCUCCGCCCCCCGGCCCCCACGGACACCUGACCGGGGCGAGGGCUGAUUGGGGCGUCUCAGACACGCUGGACAGUGACGAAAGUAUUUUUCUCUCUCGAAAACCAAAGGCCUUUUUCUCUCCCACUUUUUCUGUCUUUUUUUAUGAUUUGGUGAAAAUUCCCGCUCUGUACAUACACGCGAGGGGAGAAAUGAUUCUAAAAAUGAAAGAUAUUUUUCUACCUUUAACUUUGUUUUGUAAAUGAGACGAGGAGUGCGAUUUGUAUAAUGUUUACAGAGCCCUGUGUGUCCUUUGGCAGGGGUUUGUGGGAUUGGGGACGGGGAAAGGAGGCGGGGUUAACGGGGCUGGAUGUUUCUGUCUGCUUUUCAUCUGAACUGGAGGGAAUGUACCUUUCUGUGUACUUGGAUUACGCGUUUGAGCUGGGGGAGAAAUAAAAAUGUUGUAAGGAA